CGUCUUACGAGGAACGAGAGAAACGAUUAGAACUCGGAUAGGAAACGUUAGCAUAUCUUUGAUUUCUUUUUCUACGCUUUUUCUGGCCUUCAAAGUGAGUAGAUUAUAUAAAUAUAGUUACGUCAUUCAUAUUUCUCUAUAAAAUAUUUGUCGUCAUAAUUCUUAAAUAAAAGUUUUUAAUGAAGAAAAUCUAUUAACUGUAAUGAAAGUAGAAAAUAAAUUUAAUUACUCGAAAUAAUUUGAUCGUUAUGAAACAGUAUCGAUUAAGCGCGUAAAACGAGAUAACAUUUUCUAGCGUGCAAUUUUUGAUAGGCGUGUAAAGAGCGCGACGAACAUAAGUACAUACAUACAUACAUACACCGCGCACACAUACACGAAGAAUGAUUGGAUGAUUCUAUAGGUGCGGCCUAAGCUAUCUAUUUGAUCGUUACGUGCCGUAUAAAAGUAUAGUUUCAUCGUUAAAUCAAUGUUCAUGAGCAAAAGCAAUAUCAUUGAAAAUUAUUUUUGAAUGUUAAAUCAAUGAGAGUGAUAGUACUAUAAAUUCCAGAUACAAUGAAAGUGUUCAUUGAUUUCACGAAUACUAUCGACAAUGAGUACAAAUAUAAUGAGAGCAGCGACAUCUAGGUAGUGCGUUAUCAGGAACUACAUUAUACCUAGUAGUAAUACGACGCACUGCUUUGACAUAUUCUAUGCAUACUAGAAACUACAUGCGAUUGCUUGUAGUACAAUAGAACACAUACCGCGUAUGUAAGCUGUGAAUUUAAUGCGAUUGGAUGGCUUUUGUUAAAACCGACCUAUAAAUCUCUAUUUUACUCACGAUCCAUAGGUGUCGAUAACAAUCCCCUGGGAAUUAAUUAGUUCUAUCGUUGUAUCUGCAUAAUAGAGAUAAUUCUAAGAGCAAAAUGCUGGAACCGACUAUGCAAGCCUUAACAGCGGGCAGACUAAUUUUAGCCAGUGGAUCACCAAGAAGAUAUGAAAUAAUACAAAAGUUGGUUCGUAUAAACAAUUGGUAUUUCGUAUUUUAGGGCUUAAAUUUUGAAGUAAUGAUAUCAAAUUAUGAUGAAAAUUUAGAUAGAUCCAAAUAUAAAAAUCAUGGAGACUACAUUCAAGAUUUAGCAAAAUUUAAAGUACAUGAUGUAUAUCAACGUUUGAAAAAUGAUCCUAUUUCACCAUCCUUAAUUAUAGGCGCAGAUACUUUUGUAACACUAGGCGAUACUAUUUAUGGAAAACCAAAAGACGAAUCAGAUGCAUUUCGUAUAUUGUCUCACCUUGCAAAUAGAGAACAUGUAGUCUAUACCGGAGUAUGUCUGAAAACGCCAAAGAAAGAAGUAACGUUCUAUACAUCUACGAAAGUAAAAUUUGGUGAUUUAUCGGAAGAUCAAAUUAAAGCAUAUAUAAAAACAGGAGAAUGUCUAGAUAAAGCAGGAGGAUAUGGCGCGCAAGGUCUUGGUGGUUGUUUAAUCGAGAGCAUAACGGGUGACUUUUACACUAUAAUGGAUUUUUUGUAUAGCCCCGAUGAAAACUCUAACGCGAUUGGUUGAAAAUUUUAAUAUAGCCGAUUUUAACCAAUGCAAAUAAGCGCACAUACGUCAGAGUAACGCGAUUGCUGGAUGAAACUUAACAUCAAAG